AUGGCCAUGACCCCGUUUUCUCAGAAAGUGUUUUAUCUUUGCUUUGCUCUGGCCUCUCUUUCCCUUGUCCUAAUUGCCCGCAACGCCUCCUUCGUUCCGGUUGAGCGGAUCUUGCCUGAUGAAGUCCAGCGUUCAAUUCCUUGGGAGCUUUUUGAUGCCUUGAAUCAGCUCGCCCGAGUAGUAGACGUCUCAUAUUGUGUCGGUAGCACAGGGCUUCGAAGACCCUUCGAGUGUCUUAGUCACUGCGCCGAUCUCGAAGGGUUUGAAUUGAUCACAGCAUGGAAUACAGGACCAUUCUUGUCAGACUCCUGCGGGUAUAUCGCCCUUUCUCAUCCGCCGUCACCACGACAGAUCAUCGUCGCUUUUCGUGGCACCUAUUCGAUUGCGAACACUAUCAUCGAUCUCUCUGCUUACCCGCAGAGCUAUGUCCCCUAUAACCCAGGCAAUAGCACCGGACACGGAGCAGAGACGACGCUUCAUUGUAAGAAUUGUACGGUCCAUGCAGGAUUCAUGACCUCCUGGCAGAACACACGCCUGAUUGUCCUCGAACAUGUCUCUGCCGCAAGGCUACAAUAUCCGGACUACAAUCUGGUGCUAGUCGGGCACUCGCUGGGUGGGGCUGUUGCUGCCCUGGCUGGGGUGGAGAUGCAGCUUCGAGGCUGGAGGCCGACCGUGACGACAUUUGGGGAACCGAAGGUCGGCAAUCGGGGCUUUGCCGAAUACCUGGCCGCAUUAUUCGAACAACCGAAUGGAACAGCGAUAGUGCCCGUCGAGCGGUAUAGAUUUCGCCGCGUAACGCAUGUAAACGACCCUGUUCCGCUCUUGCCGCUCGCCGAUUGGGGCUAUGAAAUGCACGCGGGAGAGAUCUUCAUCGCGAAGGAGGACCUCCCACCAUCGGUCUCCGAUGUGAAGUUCUGCGAGGGGCAUCAGGACGCGCGCUGCAUAGCUGGUGCAAGUGGAGCUUCGGAGAUCGCUCUUCACGAGACGGCCUCUCUCGUCGUACCCCCGCAGGGUCUCAUCAGUACGCCUGCUCGCUCUUCCCGGCAGGAGGUGCUGGCGCAUGGGUCCUCGCCUGAAGAUUCUUCCCUAGACUCACAGGACGAUGAGCAGUUCUACGGUGAGGCCUGGCGAAGACUCCACUGGCAUCUGAUCCCAACCCGCUUUCGUCUGUGGGAGCUCUUCUUCGCCCAUCGAGACUACUUCUGGCGACUGGGGCUUUGUGUCCCGGGGGGGGAUCCAACUGGUAAGGGGUGA